AUGGCUCCGAUUCGCAGCGCGGCCGUCUGUCUCGCCGCGGUCGGCGCAUGGAACUUGCUCUCGCAGGCGUUCGUCGCGCCCCGGCCGAGCAUGUCGCCUCGUACUGGCCACGUGGCCAUGCGCGCAGCGUCGAACACGGCUGGUGGCGGAUUUGCUCGUGGCCCGCUGGUGGUGUACAUGGACGCGCUCAUAGAUGCGGCCAACAAUGCCGGCGAGAGUGUGGCCGUCACGAAGGACGUGAUGAGGUACAAACGCUUAAGGGAGAAGAUGACCGCCGACAUGCAGUUCGAGCUGGCGACGGCGCUCAACCAGCCUGGCACAUCUGAACUCGAACAGGCCUCGGCCACCGUCGAAAUUAUGGGCCCCUGGGAGUCCACCGUGUUCCCCAAGUUCGUCACGUUCCUCGCCAAGAAGAGGCGCUUCAAGUCGCUGAGGGCGAUCUGCGAGGAGUACGUGUCCUUCCUCUACGCGCGCGAGUCCAUCGAGCCCGUCACCGUGUUCUCGGCGGCGAAGCUCACGGACGAGCAGGUCGACAAGAUCAAGGCGAAGAUGGCGGAUAAGCUCGGGGUCCGCGACAUCAAACUCAUCCAGCAGGUCGACCCGAGCCUCCUCAGCGGCUUCAAGAUCGAGUGGCGCUACACAGACCCGGAGAACCCGUUGAUCGGCGCCGAGUCGAUUGAUUUGUCCCUCCAGUCCGCGCUGGAGCAAGCCGCCAUCAGCGGACGCUGA